AUGCAGUUUCCAUCUCUUUCAUACAGAAAGUAUGGAGUACAUAGAAAAUCAAUUCCCAGUCUGACACGAUUUGCUUAUAAACAGUUCUUCUGGAAUGCUUUGAAUGCCAAAGACCUUGCCAAAUUCAACAAGUUUCUUGCCUUGUACCUUGCUGUACUUACUCUGGGCCCACCGCUACUGGUUCUCUUUGAUUGGGCAAAGGGAAGAAUGGCACUGUCCUGGAGAAACGCUUUGACCAAUCUUUAUCUCGGAAAAUAUGUACACAAGAUGAGGUACUACAAAUUACCAUUUGUAUCAGAUGUCGACAACACAGACCAACGCAUUUCGGAAGACAUCAAUAAUUUCUGCGACAAAGCCGUUUCUCUUUUCUGCACUUCAGUAGUGGCUCUUUGUGAUCUUGUCGUCUUUUCAAUCAUCCUGUACAAAAUUUUCCCACCUCUUUACUUCACACUGGUUGCAUAUGCUGUGGUUGGAACAUUUGUUACAGUUUGGUUUGGCAAGCCCCUCAUCAAGAAGAAUCGCCUGCAGCUCAAGAAAGAGGCUGAUUUUCGUUUUGAUCUCGUGAGGAUUCGAGAAGACUCAGAGUCGAUCGCCUUCUACAAUGGUGAAACCAGAGAGCGUACAGAAGCACAGAAAAGAUUCAGUAGCGUCGUUGCAAACCGCAUUGGAAUCCUCAAUUUUGAACGAAAUCUCAACUUCUUUACAAGAUGGUAUAGGUAUCUUGUUCAGGUGUUGCCUGCACUCGUGAUCGGACCACAAUAUUUCGCUGGUAAAGUUCCGCUUGGAGCAAUCAGCCAAACGUUUUUCUCCUUCAAUCAUGUCUUGAAUGAUCUUUCUUUGAUUGUCAAUGAGUUCACCGGCCCGCAAGGAAUCUCGUCCUUUGCCGCGCAGGUGGAACGUCUUGACCAACUUCGAACUGCAGUAGAAAAGAACUUACUGCUAAGGAUGGAAGCCUCGCCAUCAAGGGCUUGUGCGUCAGCACUCCCGGCGGUACGCCUUACUUGUAUGCUUCGCAUUCUUACCCUCUUGCCAACAGGCAACUCACCUCGACAGCUGAUCACUGACCUUUCCUUGACGUUGGAGCCGGGCAAGAAGCUACUGGUUGUUGGCUUCAGCGGCAUAGGGAAGAGCUCUUUGAUGCGCGCCAUCGCGGGGCUGUGGGACACGGGCACUGGAAACAUCGUCCGACCUCCUUUGGAGGACACAUUGUUCUUGUCCCAGAGGCCUUACAUGACUCUUGGAACUUUGAGGGAGAACGUUUUGUACCCUAAGACCGUUCAAGAUUCCAGCGUGACGGACGAAGAAAUUCUUGAGGCUCUCCGUAAGGUCAACUUGCCGACGGUAGCAGAGCGCAUGGGAGGUCUUGAUGCCGCUGGUAAGACUGGAGGCUUGAAGCCGCCGUUGAGCAACAUCCUCUCUCUUGGAGAGCAGCAGCGUCUGGCAUUUGCUCGCAUCAUGAUCCUCAAGCCGAAGUUCGUGAUCCUGGACGAGUCAACGAGCGCCUUGGAUCUAGAAAACGAGGAGCAGAUGUACAAGGUGAAGGAGGAGAUGCUGCUACAGGACCUCGGAAUGACGGUAGUGAGUGUGGGCAACCGACCUUCGCUCGUCCCGUUCCACGACAAAGUCUUACGGCUGACGGGUGAAGGAGCAUGGAAGUUUGAGAGUUGA